AUGUUUCACCAAGUCGCUAUUCGCAACGAAGAUCAGCACAGUCAACGUUUUUUCCUGAGGGACGAGGAAGGCCAGCCUGAACCCGGCACUUACGUCAUGCAGGUGAUGACUUUUGGGGCCUCUUGCUCACCGACAACUGCCCAGUUCGUAAAGAACACGAACGCAGAACGCUUCAGCAAAACACAUCCAGCUGCAGUCACAGCGAUCGUACGGUGCACAUACGUAGACGACAUGCUAACCAGUACUGAAACAGAGCCAGAAGCAAUCGAGCUAGCGAAAUCCGUCUGGUUCGUCCACAAGGAAGGAGGAUUUGAAAUCCGCAAUUGGAUGUCCAACUCGCCCACAGUUCUGGCAGCCCUUCACGGCGACUUGAAUCAUGAGAAAAGUCUCGACUUAUCGUCCACUCUCGCAACUGAAAAGGUGCUAGGCAUGUGGUGGUGCACACAAACGGAUUGCUUCACGUACAAGAUAAACUGGAGCAGGCUUGGCGAAGACUUGCUGACUGGCGAACGCUACCCCACAAAGCGAGAAGUUCUCCGCACCAUGAUGACGAUCUACGAUCCACUGGGCUUAAUCGCUCACUACCUAAUGUUCCUAAAGGUACUGCUACAGGACAUCUGGCGAACGGGUAUUACUUGGGACGAGACAGUGAAUCGAGAGUGUUUCGAAAAGUGGCAGAUGUGGUUAGGGCUUCUUCCAGAAAUCGAGGGUCUCCAAAUUCCACGCUGCUAUCGCCUUCAAACGUCAGCGGGAGAAAACACGGAUAUCCAAUUGCAUACCUUUGUUGACGCCGGUGAAAACGGCAUGGCUGCCGUUGCGUAUCUCCGUUUCGUGGAAGCAGGGACUGUUGAGUGCUCAUUAGUUACAGCGAAAACCCGCGUAGCGCCGCUUAAAUACCUGACUAUUCCUAGAUUAGAACUCCAAGCGGCCCUCAUUGGCGCAAGGCUAGCGCACUUCAUUAUCCAGGGAUUGGACCUUACAAUCUCUCGAUGUGUUUUCUGGUCAGAUUCCAGGAACGCGCUCUCGUGGAUACGCGCAGAUCACCGUAGAUACAGUCAAUUUGUGGCUGCCCGGGUUAGCGAGAUCUUGGAUCUAACAAACGUUGCUGACUGGAAAUGGGUUCCAACGAAAUGGAACGUGGCUGAUGAAGGAACCAAAUGGCAGCGACGUCCUUCAUUCACAGCUGAAAGCAGAUGGUACAAAGGGCCUGAAUUCCUUUGGCAACGAGAAGAAGAAUGGCCUUCUGUUCCCAUUAAGCUUGAAGAGACCACUGAAGAGUUGCGCGCCACCAUUCACGUCCACUACGAAACGGCAAAGUCGGAGUUCCCGAUAGAGAGAUUCCGUGACUGGAGAAAGCUGAUACGUACGACGGCACAUAUUUUCCGGUUCAUUGCGAACGCCCAGCCGAAACGGUUUCCUCGGCUAACGUGCGGUAUCACAAAAGAGGAAAUGCGCAACGCAGAAACCUUCCACUUUCGGGCUGCGCAACAAGACAGUUUCCCAAACGAGUUUGCUGUUCUCCUUCGGAACGAUAGCAAAGUAGCGAUCCCUAAACGAAGCCCGCUAUACAAGCUGAGCCCCUUCAUCGACGGACAAGGUUUGCUGCGCAUGGCAGGCAGAACCGCAGCGUGUGAAUACCUAUCACCGGAUACUAUUAAUCCCAUUAUUCUACCUCGUGAUCAUCGGGUAACGCACCUCGUAGUACGAAGUUAUCACGACAAGUUUCACCACCAAAAUCAUGAGUCGGUGAUAAACGAAAUGCGCCAGAAGUUUUGCAUAAGUCGACUGCGCCGCGUUUACGCCAAAAUCCGGUCAGAGUGUCAACGUUUCCACAUCGAAUUAGCUAGCUCAUUAACCACUAACUCUUGCAUCAUGGCACUGCGCAACUUUAUUGCCCGGCGCGGAACUCCAGCUGUAUUUUACAGCGACAGAGGAACCAAUUUUAUUGGUUCUGAACGCGAACUGAAGCAAACUUUGAAGGCCGUCGACCAGAACAAGAUGGCACAAGAGUUCGUCAGUUCCACGACAUCCUGGAGCUUCAAUCCACCGGCAGCCCCUCACAUGGGGGGAAGUUGGGAAAGGCUGAUUCAGUCCGUAAAGCGGACCCUGUUGGAGCUCAAACCGUCUCCACGACCAACUGAUGAGGAAUUGCGGAACGCGUUGAUAGAAGUCGAAGGUAUCCUGAACGCUCGACCUCUGACACAUGUACCCAUCGAAGACGAAGCAGCUCCUGCGCUUACACCAAACCACUGGCUACUAGGAAGCUCCGAUGGGUCCAAACCUUGGUCGUUGCUGGAGAAUGACUCGAUCGCGCUGAGACGUGGCUGGCACCAAUCCCAAAUACUCGCCAACCACUUUUGGGAGAGAUGGCUACGUGAAUAUCUGCCGGAGAUAACAAGGCGCACCAAAUGGCACCAGAGGGUUGCGCCUAUCAAGGAAGGUGACAUCGUGCUGAUCGUCGAUCCGGAACUCCCGAGAAGCUGCUGGCCAAAGGGGCGCGUCAUAGGUACAGUCAAUCGCGACGGGCAGGUACGUAAAGUAACAAUACAAACCGCGAAGGGAGUCUACGAGAGGCCAGCUGUAAACGUUGCGGUUCUUGACGUCAAGGGCAAAGAGGAGUUAGCGAACUCAGAGAUGGAGUUCCCAAACUGGGGGGGACUGUCGCCGAAGCCCCUCGGCGUCGAUACCACCUUAACAAUACCGACCCUGCCAGUCGACACAACUGUCUGUAUGACAGCGCGUCACGGAUCGGCUGUCAGGGCAAAUGAGAUGGCAAAACAAGUUGAGGAUAAAAGUGAAAUGAAAAAGUGA